AUGUGUGUUAAAUUGUCCUCAACGCCACAUCCAAAUCUACAUGAUAUUAUUUUAAUUUGCAAUUUUGAUUGGAAAUUAGGAUUAUUUGGGUCAUCUUCACCUGAUCCUUUUCGAUUUCUUUCUGGAUUUCCAGUAGGUCUUCCAGAAAUUCCAUAUGAAAAUAAUGAAGCUCCUGUAUUAGCUUUUUUUGCUUCUUUAGCUGGUGAAGUAUUCUUUCUUUUCUUACCACCGGAAUUAGUAACAGAACGUGAUCUAGAUCUAGAUCAAGCUGUUCUAGCUGAAUUAUCUUGUGAAGUUGUUGAUGUUGUUUGA